AAUUCGAAGAGCGAUCAAGGUCGCCGGGACGAAAAACAGGCAAUUCCAAUUCCAAGCUCUUGGUUAAGGUCAACACUGUUUUUCUAUACGUAUAUCCCGAUUACUUUAAAAAAACACAAAGAACACCGAAAUCAUUAUUGACCUUUGAUUCAGUUCCUGUAAUGACAUCUGAUACCCUAUUCACUGCAAUAGGUAGUUAUUCAUCUUUUUAGUUAGAUACUCUCCAGCUCGUCGUGAUCCAUCAAAGAGGCAGAUAAAACCUGUAAAUACAGAGCACUUAGCUUUGCUUGAUGAACUGGACGAUGACAGCGAUAGCGAGUACGUUUGCGAAGAAAGAGAUGAAGAUGAUGAUGGUCUGUUUAUCUAUAUCUUGACUAAGCUAUUUUAGAGGAGACUCACUCAGGUUGUACUGAUGAAGAGGGUUCUAGUCCAGACGAUUCUUCAGUUAGCUCGUCCAACGUUUCUGAAGCUUCUGGUACAAGUAGGGUUGCGGUGUCUAAAUAUGGAAGGAAUUCACCUAAUGCCGUAGAAAAUGGAAAAUAUACCAGGGCACCGGAGUCGUUUUGUACUGGGCCAGAUGGUGACCAAGAUUUGACUGCUAAUGUUAACGCGAAAAUAAAAGACGUUGAUAUCAUGAUUUGUAUGCUGUGUUUAGGAGAUAAUACUGAUCCCCGUGAUGAGCUGAUCGAAUGCGAUGGUUGCGGUAUUGUCGUUCAUGAGGGUAAUUCAGUAUUUAUCAUAAUAAUUUUAACAGACUGUUAUAAGUUGGUCGACUCAAUAUUUUUGUCCAGUGGUGCAAGCUCCUCAAGCACAGAUGCCUGGUUCUGUGAGCCAUGUCUUGCAGGGAUCACUUCCCCAGUUAGUUAGAUUAUGUUAAUUUGUAUCCUUUAGGUUUGUGAGUUGUGUCCAGUGUUAGAUGGCGUGUUUAAAAAAACAGAUAACAAUCGCUGGGUUCACUUAUUAUGCGCACUAUAUACACCAGGAGUCGCGUUCAACGACCCAGAUAAUUUGAUGGAUGUGAGUACUAUUGAUUAACCAGUCAUUCCUAGGUAACUCUUACUGAGUUGCCUCAAAGGCAAUGGUCUUUACACGAAUGCUCCCUGUGCGAAGAUCGGUUUUUUGCUUGGACUGGUGUUUGCAUAUCCUGUGAUGCUGGUUUGUGCCGCACUUUUUUUCAUGUAACUUGGUAAGCUAGCUUGUUUACCUUCAUUUAGCUCACAGUGCUCAAAAGCAUGGUUUGUUGUCGGAACCCACUGUCGAAGAGAGUUCAGCGGACCCAUUUUUCGCACAUUGUCGUCAACAUACUGAUAAAACAGUUGCCCGACACCGUCGCCGUAAUUUCUUGACAACAAUGCUUAGGUUAAAGAAAUGGCGCUCGAAUAGACAGUUGGAUUUACAUUGUUUAGAUGAAAAAAAGCCAAAUAUUUCUUGUUUGAGGACUACAACUACGGUGGACCCUCGCAUUCAGCGUAAACUUGAACAUUACCACAAGCUUUACAAGGACGUUCUGCGGAAUCGUGAAAAACCGUAUGUGCCACUUGUGAAAACGCCAAUGUUUUUGGAAACCUCCCCCGUUGCAAUGAGAAUGUUUGUAUUGAAGGCUAAAGCUCUUAAUUUACCCAUUGAACUAUCAAAUCAUAUGUCUAACGCAGAUUCAUCGAAAGGCCCAACACCUAGUUAUCCAGUUUUCACUCCAGAUUUCGUAUCUUAUUUCUUAGGAACUAAAAUGUUCGUCGGAAUUAGAAACUAUCUUAGCGGAGCCUCGCCGCCUUCCAGAGACGGCUAGUUUUGACGUAAGCUCAUUAUCUAAUCCAGUGGACUCCAAUAAAACCGCCAAAUUCGGAUCUUCAGCAGUUAUUGCCGCCUCAAAGCGUAGAGGCAACCGUUCAUCUCCGUGUAAGUUGCGAAAAGCUUCAAAAUCUGAGGCAGUUGAUCAAAAUGUCAAGCCACUAGACAUUCCAGCGGCUUCACACCUUGAAAAGUGUUCAAGUAUUGUCACAUGUGAAUCAGAGAAUGUGAUAUUAGAGUGUAUGAUGUGUCACGGACUUCAGGAUCAACAUUUAAUUACAAGUUGUGAUACAUGUGGGAAGGCAUUUCAUUUGGCAUGUCUUGAUCCCCCAUUGCUACGCAUGCCCAAACGUAGUAAACUUUACGGUUGGCAGUGCUCAUUUUGUACGAAGGAGGUUUCUUCGAUCCCAGGAGCUGAGGCGAUUGAUGUAAAUGCUCCACGGCAACUUCGUCGUUCCAGUGGUAUACCAUCUGACAGGACAACUUGCGUCAAAACUGUAGAUCUCAAACCAGAUAUUGACCCAAUUUCCCAAGUCUCUGCUCACCCAAUUAUUUCUGGUGAAAUUAAAUCAUCUCCUACUCGCGAGCCUGUUUCAAAAACACUUCGGAGAAGUGUUAGUUCAGCACCUACUUACCAGGGUAACCUUGGAAAUCCUGUUAAAAAUGGUAAGAGGACGUCCAGUACCAUAUUAAAGACCAUAUCGGGUUUGUCUUCGAAACGUAUAUCUAUGUCCACCAGUAAACAAACAAAAAGAUGCGUUUCAUCUCAGUUGCCUUUAGAAAAGGAUGUAAAAAUUAAUAUUGGUUGUAAGGUUUCUACCAGUCCUUCAGUAGUGAUGACCCAUGUUUGCAGUGCUGAUUUUGAUCAGAAUAGAUCGGUAAAUUAAUCUGUCGAAUCGUCCGUCAAAAAAUUUUAAUCAAUAUUUUACAACAUACAGUAAAAUUAAAGAACACCUAAAUUAGAGAAAGAUAUUGUAGCGUGGCGUCGAGUUGAGGUUAACUAUGAACACCGCUACCAAGAAACACGUGCCAAGUAAAUCAGAAGGCGAAAAUAGAACGUAACCAGGUUUAUUUCGUUGGCGAUCUCGUGGUAUCGAACGUAUACCGAGAUCGUGCCAAGGAAUGGUACAAUUAGAAGCAGGCGAAAGGAGUACGUGCGAACAGUACCAAAAACCGCGGAACAAUGAUGGAAGGUAAUGGAAGCACAAAAUGGCUAUAAUCAGCACAGUUAAACGAAAGCACAUUAAAACAAACACUGGUACAGUUGGUUAUAAUAAUAAUUGUUUUUAUUAAACCAGUCGUGUUCUCGUGAUAAAUGUGAGUCACUACAAUAUAACCAUAGUCGGCUAUACGUAUUUUUCUGAAUCGUUAUAUAAAAUGUAAUAGUUUAGUAUAUUAUUUAAAUUUUUAUUAUUUUCUUUUUCAAAAAAUUUAAUUAAAACUAGUUUAAAUUCACUGAUGAGACUGAAGACGAACCUAUGAUUCAUGCUGGUAGUAGCUUAAAGAGUAAGUGUGAAUCUGAUGAAGAAAUAGCUCAGUUACGUUCAUCGAAAGGUAAUAAUUUCAUUUCAUUCUACUUCAUCAUAUCGUCUUAUUUUUCUUUUGUAGUCAACUUAUCGUUAUUUAUUGAGAUCUCAAUAAAAUUCAAGUCUCCACGACUACGUACUGAUAAUAUUCUCUAUUAGUUGAAUUCCAUUUGAUUUUAGGCAUUAACAGCCAAUUUACUCGAUAUAUAUAUAUAUGGAGAGAGAGAAAGUGAAAAUAAGUUUCAUAUUGUAUAGCUCAAUUGGAUUAACUUGAUAAAGCUCUGUUCAUUGCUUAACAAUAAUUUGGCUAAUUGAUGAUGAUCACUAGGAAAAUGAAUGAAGUGACACUUUUCUCUUACAUAUGUGGAUUUUACUUGUUGAUAAUUCACUGUAUGGAAAUUGUUUUUACCUAAGGUUCCCAAUUCAUAAUAUACAGGACUGAUGUUGAACUACUGAUCAGUUGAUUUUAGUCUAAACUAUUUGAUAAAUCUGCUACUGGAAAUGCUUAUUGAUGACUCCCUAUAUGCUUCCUAUAACCUCAGGCUAAUGAUUGUAGUUACAUGAUCUGGAAGUAACUAAUGUGUAUAUUUGUAAGCGAUCAGUACAAAUAAUGAUGAUAUUAGUUCAAUAUGUUUCAAAUUAUUGGCUGUAUUACGUGCUUUCAGUUCAGAGAUCACACCAAUAUCAAAAGCAUCCAUUUGAGCUACAAAUUUUUUGUAUCAUUUCAAACUAUAUUUAAAUGUAAUUUGUUUACUCACUCAUAGUUAUCAAAUUCGUGCAAAUUCGAGAUCAUGAAAGUAAUGGUGAAUCUGAAGCUGUUGAACGAAUAGCUCCUCUUCAGCAACGUUACGUUAUCUGUCAAGAGGCUAAUCCUCAUCCAAAGAGAUCAACUGCUGGGAAAUUUAGGCUGAAAUUUAAGAAACUUUAAAUUUUAUCAUUUCAAAAUAAAGUCUGUAUAGGUCUUCAUUUUCUCAUUGGUUUUUCUUGAUGAAUUACUCAAAAUAUUUUCCAAUAUUUUUAAUUUUCAAAAAUCCAUUUUAAAAGCAUAAAAAUUUAAUUGUAUAGGAUUUAAUUUACCGUAAAAUAUAUUAACUUGUUUCUCAAGUUGAUUUCACAAU